AUGAAUAAUUCUUUUGCUGUUCCAAAACUUACCAAAGAAAACUAUGGUCACUGGUGUAUCCGAAUGAAAGCUUUGCUAGGAUCACAGGAAGCAUGGGAAAUUGUUGAUAGAGGCUAUGAUGAACCUGAGAAUGAGGGAGCCUUGAAUCAGGCUCAGAAAAAUAAUUUACUGAAAGCACGAAAACAAGAUCAACAGGCUUUGUCAAUUAUACACAUGGGCUUAGAUGAAGCCAUGUUUGAAAAGGUGGCAUCAGCAUCAAAAGCAAAGGAAGCCUGGGAGAUUCUGCAGAACAAUUUUAAAGGCGUUGACAAAGUGAAAAAGGUACGAUUACAAACCCUACGUGGUGAAUUUGAAGCAUUGCAUAUGAAAGAAUCAGAAUCAGUCCCAGAUUAUUUCACAAGGGUUUCUUCUGUUGUAAACCAAAUGAAGAAUUAUGGAGAAAAAAUCGAAGAUUCUCGUGUCAAUGAAAAGAUACUGAGAUCUUUGAAUACAAAAUUGCAACUUGUUGGAAUCUCUAUUGAAGAAUCAAAUGAUACGGAAACCAUGACCACUGAUCAACUCAUGGGAUCAUUACAAGCAUAUUCUGAAAGAUUAUUGAAAAAGGAGGAGACGGAAUCCCAGGUGUUAAAAACUAAUGCCUCCGUUGAAGACAAAGACAAGCUGCUGUAUUCACAACAUACUAGAGGAAGAGGCCGUGGACGUGCAAAUCAAAAUUUUAACCGAGGCAGAGGACGUGGAUAUGUAAGCAAUAGAUUUGAAGGAAGAGAGCAGACAAAUCAACCAAACUGGCGAGGACAAGGACGUGGUCGCAGCAGAGGAGGAAGAUCAAAUUCUGGAAGAGGUGGAAGGUUCAUUGAAUGUUAUAAUUGUGGAAAAUUUGGUCACUUUGCCAAAGAUUGCUGGUUUAACAAAAGGGUUGAAGAAAAGGCAAACAUAGCUGAAACAGGAGAGCAACAAGAUGGAGUUUUGUUAAUGGCCUGCAAAGAUACUAUUCCGGAAGAGGAGGUUCUUUGGUAUCUUGACAGCGGUGCCAGCAACCAUAUGUCAGGGCUCAAACAUCUAUUUACUGAUUUAAAAGAACUAGAUUCUGGUUUUGUUUCUUUUGGAGAUGCCUCAAAGAUUGAAGUCAAAGGAAAAGGUGAAGUAUGUUUUUCUAGCAAGGAUGGCAGACAAGGCAGAAUUGAAGAUGUCUAUUAUGUUCCAGACAUGAAGAACAAUAUUCUUAGCCUUGGACAACUGGUUGAAAAAGGAUACUCAAUUUUUAUUGAAAAAAAGGCCAUGUUCUUGAAGGACAAAAGUGGCAGAACAAUAGCUCGUGUGGGAAUGUCUCAUAAUCGGAUGUUCAAAUUAAACUUGAGGAAUAUACAGGAGACAUGUAUGCAAGUAAAGAUGGAGGACAAAGCAACCUUGUGGCAUAGGAGACUUGGACACCUACACUAUGGUGGUCUAAAGGAGAUGUCAAAUAAAGGAAUAGUUCAUGGAAUACCACGCAUGGAUUUUUCAGGAAAUUUUUGUGAAGAUUGUGUAUUGGGGAAACAAACAAGAAAUUCUUUUCAAAAGAAGGCCAUCUUUCGUACUACAAAGCCUCUCGAGUUGGUGCAUACGGAUAUUUGUGGGCCUAUCACACCCAAGUCAUAUAGCUCCAAGAGGUAUUUUCUUACGUUUAUUGAUGACUAUUCUCGGAGGACAUGGGUUUAUUUUUUAAAUGAAAAAUCUGAGGCGUUGAAAGUAUUCAAGAAAUUCAAAAUGUUGGUAGAGAAGAAGACGGGAAAGAAUAUCAAGGCAUUGCGUUCAGAUAGAGGAGGAGAAUAUACAUCAAAUGCUUUCACGGAAUACUGUGAAGAACAGGGCAUUAGAAGAUUUCUAACAGCCCCAUAUUCACCACAGCAGAACGGCGUGGCUGAGAGAAAAAAUCGAACUAUCUUAGACAUGGUUCGAUCAAUGUUAAAGUGCAAGGAACUGCCAAAGGAACUAUGGGCAGAAGCUGUUCAGUGUGCAGUGUAUAUUCAGAACCGGUGUGUACACUCAAUUUUGGGAGAUAAAACACCUCAGGAAUUGUGGAGUGGCAAGAAACCUACUGUGUCACAUUUAAAAGUCUUUGGAAGUACUGCAUACUCUCAUAUACCCGACCAGCAAAGAACAAAGCUGGACGACAAGAGCAGAAAAUUUAUAUUCAUUGGAUAUGAUGAGAAAACAAAAGCUUAUCGGCUCCUUGAUCCGGUUGCGAAGAAGGUGACUGUAAGUAGAGAUGUGAAGAUACAAGAAGAUGAUGCAUGGGACUGGAAUAAAACUCCAGAAGAAGAAACACCAAUUUCUAAAGUCUCACCAAUAAGUUUUGAUACAUCAGAAGAUGAAGAAAUAAAUGAUGAUGAGCCCCAGAAUCCAAGGAUGAGAACUUUGCAAGAUUUAUAUGAAAGAACUGAUGAGGUGCACUUGGUGUGUCUAGUAGCGGAUGCAGAAAAUGUUCUUUUUGAAGAAGCAGUAAAAGAACAGAAGUGGAAGGCUGCAAUGGAUGAAGAAAUCAAGGCAAUUGAAAAGAACAAAACCUGGGAACUAGUCGAACCUCCAGAAGGUUGUAAGCCCAUCGAUGUUAAGUGGGUUUAUAAGAAGAAAAUGAAUGCUCAAGGAGAAGUAGAAAGAUAUAAGGCACGGUUAGUUGCAAAGGGAUACCGACAAAAGGCCGGAAUCGACUAUGAUGAAGUUUUUGCACCCGUGGCAAGAAUGGAGACAAUCAGACUCCUCAUCUCACAAGCAGCUCAAAGGAAGUGGCCUAUUUACCAGAUGGACGUGAAGUCUGCUUUCUUAAAUGGAGUGCUCGAAGAGGAAGUGUACGUAAACCAGCCACCCGGAUAUAUAAAGGUAGGAAAAGAAAGAAUGGUGUUGAAAUUGUAUAAGGCGCUCUAUGGUUUAAAACAAGCGCCACGAGCAUGGAACACCCGUAUAGACACCUAUUUCAAGAAGAAUGGAUUCAUACAAUGUCCUUAUGAGCCUGCUGUAUAUGUCAAAAUAAAGCAAGGUAAUAUAUUACUUGUUGCACUUUACGUGGAUGAUCUUAUUUUUAUGGGCAACAAUGAGGAUAUGAUUACAAAUUUUAAGAGGGAGAUGACUCAAGAAUUUGAGAUGACUGACUUGGGCUUGAUGAGAUUCUUUCUUGGCAUUGAGGUGAAGCAAGACAAGUCAGGUAUUUUUAUUUCACAAGAAGCAUAUGCAAACAAUAUUCUCAAGAAAUUUCGAAUGGAACACUGCAAUCCAGUAGGAACGCCAAUGGAACUGGGCACAAAGCUUUCUAAAUUUGAGGGAGGAAAUCCAGUAGAAGCAAAUUUAUAUCAGAGUUUGGUUGGGAGCUUGAGAUAUCUUACAUGCACAAGACCUGACAUCGCAUAUAGUGUUGGGGUAGUAAGCAGAUUCAUGGAAGCUCCAAAACAAUCACAUUGGAAAGCAAUCAAAAGGAUUCUGCGGUAUAUUCAAGGAACAAAAUCACUAGGAUUGUUCUAUUCUAGAACAACGGACUACAAGCUGUUGGGAUAUUCUGAUAGUGAUUGGUGUGGAGAUGUGGAUGAUCGUAAAAGCACGUCUGGAUACUUAUUUUUUAUGGGAGACACAGCAUUUAUGUGGUAUUCUAAAAAGCAGCCUAUAGUUUCAUUGUCAACUUGUGAGGCGGAAUAUGUAGCAGCUUCUUAUUGUGUCUGUCAUGCUAUUUGGUUAAGAAGGUUGCUUAGUGAAUUGAAUUGUCCACAGCAGAAAUCUACUGAAGUUCGAAUUGAUAAUAAGUCAGCAAUAGAGCUUGCCAAGAAUCCAGUACAUCAUGAAAGGAGCAAACAUAUUGAUGUUAGAUUCCAUUUUAUCCGGGAACAUGUGAAGGAAAAGAAUGUCCAGUUGCGUCAUGUUGUUAGUCAUGACCAGAUAGCAGAUGUGCUCACCAAACCACUGUCCAAACCUAUGCUUGAUACAUACAAAAGGCUGAUGGGAAUGAAGGAUCGGAAAGAUUGUUUGUGGGCAUCACUGGAUAAUGAGAAAGCUAAAGGAUGUCUAUAUGUUGAUUCUCUUCUAAUGACGAGUUACUAUACUAAUGUAGAGGGUAGAGUAAAAGUCUAUAAAAAACUGUUGAGGGACAAUUUCUUCCAAAGACAAUAUGUUUUCUUUCCACUAUGUCUCUGGAAUCACUGGAUGUUAGUGAUUUUAUGCAAUCCGGGUAAUGAUCUAAGAGCUGGUAGUGAACGUCCAACAAUGUUACUAUUGGAUUCUCUGAAAGGAUCUCUUUCGAGGAAGCCAGAAGAAUUUAUGAGAAGGUUGCUGAGAUCACUUUUCAAAUAUGCAAAGAGAGAUUGUACCCAGAAGAAUCUAAAAACUAUCCCUUUUUUAUUGCCUGAGGUACCAAAGCAGAAUGAUGAGAAAAGCUGUGGAUUCUUCGUGUUGUAUUACACAACCCUGUUCUUAAAAAUGUGUCCGCCAACAUUGAAUAUAAUGAUUGAUUAUCCUUCAUUUAUGUCAAGGAAUUGGUUUAGUUGUGAGGAAUUUGAUAAAUUCAGAUGCAGAUUAUUAGGAAUCUUUGGAAAAAAGGGUUGUGCUUCUGGGACAAAAAGAUUUCAUAUGGAGAUGAUGGCGCUGGUUGUAUCGUUUUCAUUUGAAGUGACUGGUAUGUCGAGUUGUGAUAAGAAAAAGGCUAAGAGACAGCGAGUUGAGGUCAAAAAAAGCAACUUUGUUGAUUUGGAUGUUGCAGAAACCAGUACGAAGAGCCAAAUCACUGAAGAGCAUGCAAAACGGCAUAAACUGUUUAUGAAAUUAAAUCCAACAUUCUUCUGUGAUAUGAUCGAGAGUUUGAGUAGCUCUCAGAAAGACUGGGUUACUAAGACCGGUUUUGGAAGUAUCUUGGACUUUAAUCUUCAUAGUUAUCCAAAAUAUCGGACCAAAGUCUCUGUACCAUUCAUUAAGAGUGAUUCACUGGCAAGGGAAUGGAGAAAGCAAUACAGUGAUAACAAAGAUCCUUUCAGAGUCGCUGUGAAAGAUGUUCUGUCUGUUGUUAAAGAUUCAACACUAUCAGAUGAGAACUUCAAAAAGAACUUUAUUUCUCUGAUUUGUUUGAAAAAGACUACUAGAUUUUGGCUUCAAAAGGAUGAAACAGAAUACUACACGGGACCUCUACCCCUCCUUCUGUACUUCUUCCUUGAUAGUCACAUUGGUAAAAGCUGUUUUCCCGAGAGAAUCAAACCUAGGUUCCUACCAUGGAACAAUUAUUGUUUGGAUAAGGUGGAACAGGUUUUGAUACAAAGAGGAUGUAUAGUCAAUGGUUUUUUGCAGAAUGUAUGUGUCGACUACUUGACCUUAGAAAGCUGCAGGAUAAAGAGUAAUGCUGAGACUGCUCCACACAUAGGUAGUUCAGAGAUCCCUGAUUUUGUUGACGAGCACAUGGUGCACGAUGGCGAUGAUAUGGAUUGGGAUUUGAUACCAAAGGGAACGACCUCAACGAGUAAUGCAUCUGAAAACGAAGACAAUCAUGGAAAAUACACUUUGCUGGAAUCUCUUUUAAGUUCUUACAAGUCGAUCCAGACGUUGUUGCUGCACAUUCUUUAUGCAGAUGACAUUGCUGGCAAUGAGAAGAUGGAUUCCAUAAAGAAAUCUUUUAAGGAGUUGAAUGAAAAGGCAAACUUGGAUGGUAGGACAAGUAUCGUGAAUCCAUUAGAUACAGAAAGCUUGAGUGAUGCUCAGGCUGAUCAAUAUAUAAGUUUGUUGUGGAAAACGCUUGGUGAGGAAAAAGCAAAAACUUGUCUCUUUGUUGAUCCAAUGCUAAUCAAAAAUUACUACGAUUCAAAUGGUGAUGACGAGGGUCUAUUUAAGAACUUUGGUAAACAAAAGUUCUUCAGCAGAAGAUAUGUUUUUUUUCCCCUAUGCUUGUGGAAACAUUCGGUGUUGGUGAUAUUGUGCAAUCCAAACUACAAAUUAAGAGGAGGGGUUGAACGACCUACAAUGCUUCUUCUGGAUUCUCUGAAGGGUUCGGACUCAACUACUAUUGAGGAAUUUCUUCGAGGAUUGCUUUCCUCUUUUUACAAAUAUGCCAAAAUGGAUUGUUCUGAUCUUAAGUACUGUGAUAACAUACCAUUCCUGAUUCCAGAGGUGCCAAAACAAGUAGAUAACGAAAGUUGUGGAUUUUUCGUGUUAUUUUACACGACUUUGUUUGUGAAAAUGAGUCCAGACAGAUAUAGCUUAAUGGAGCACUACCCUGGUUUUUUUAGUCAGAAAUGGUUUACCAGGGGACAAUUUGAAGAUUUCAAAACUGCUUUGAUUAAAGUUUUUAGAGAUGAACAUGAAUACCAAAUGGAAGCUAGUGAACAUAGCACAGAGGACGAAAGACGUUCUGAUUCUUGUAUACUUGAGCUGAUAAAGCAAAUAUGUGUUAACUGCAAUCUUAUUUCAUCAGUUGUUGGUAGUAAAGAUUCAAAGAAUGUAGUCAGGGAUUUAACGACAACCACUGAUGCAUCCUGCACCGAUAGGAAAAGAAAGAGCAACGAAGCUGACAACGAGCAUUCUACUGUGGCGCAAGAGGGAGAACAUAAGCUGGUUAACUUAGAACACAGAAUACAUAUGAAAUUGAGUCCUGCUCUGUUCUGUGACAUGAUUCAGGACCUAACUCUUUCGCAGAAAGAGUGGGUAAGGAGAACGGGUUUUGGCUAUGUUCUAGACUUCUCAUUAAGUGACUAUCCAAGAUAUCUUGGAUUCUGUAUUGCAAAAAAAUUUGAUUUUGCUAAUUGUUGUAUGAUGGUUGAUGAAGCCACAGUAAAAAUCACAGAGAAUGACGUUCACCGCGUUCUUGGUUUGCCACUGGGACCAAACUUGAUAACCUUCGUGAACAGUAAAUCAUUGGCUACAGAGUGGAAGAAACAAUUAAAGUUUAAAAAGAAUUCUUUGAGAGUAGCUGUUACUGAUAUUAUACAGUUGACCAAGAAUUCUACUACUGUGGAUUUAAAUUUUAAGAAAAACUUUGUUUCUGUAUUGAUAAGUUUCCUGAUCCAGGCACCAUGUAAUUCUUAUAUCCGAAAGAAAUUAUUGGGCUUCUGUUGUGAUCUAGAUAACUGCUCAAACUAUAACUGGUGUGAGUUGGUAGUGCGAAGCCUAAAGAACUCAGGAAAAUUCUGGUCAAAUGAUGCUGAGACAAAAUACUACACAGGGUCACUUCCUUUCAUAUUGAUGAUGGAAGAGUACAUGAUAUCAAAUUCUCUCAUAGUAAAUGGAGAACUCCAUCUGUCAAAAGGUCCAAAUUUGGAUGAAUGCCCAUUAUCUGUGGAGAUUCCGAAUGUGAAAAAGAAAAAGAAGUACAAUGAUAGGAUAAGAGGUCCUGGAAUUUCUGCAAAGAGUAAUGCAGAUGAAUAUGAUUGGGAUACAAUUAAAAAGGGCAAAAUCUCAGAUCAUGCAACCAAAAAUCAACAUGUUUUGAGUGGUGAAGAGAAUACUAUAAAGAAUGAUAUGAUUAAGGAUAAGUAUUCACUACUUGAAUCUCUUUUGGAUUCAUACCACUCGAUCCAGAGUACAUUAAUGUCCCAUAUCAUAUCUGCAGAGAAAGAAAGCAAUAAAGAUGAAAAGAUUGAAGAUAUAAAAUUCACUUUCGUCGAACUGAAUAAUGAAGCUAAUCACUUCAUUUUGAACAGUGGUACAACCAAUGAUUGA